AGAGGUGAUUGAAAUUUGUCGCUAAGCCCGCCUGUGAUUUUAGUGUCUGAACGGAGAGGUUAGGCAGCUCGGGAACUGAAAGCUCUGAAGGCGGCUAAACGAUGCAGUGGUUUGCUGCAGGGCUCCUGAAGCUCAUAAAUAAGGCAGGGAAAUAAUGAGUAUGAUCGCGGAGAUGCUGAGAUUCAAAAGUGAUGCCCGAGGAUACUGCAAGUGCUGCAUUCUUUCCACAAGUGCGACUGUACUGGGUUUUACAUUGGUCUUGCAUUCAGAAAUCCUUCUCCUGCUGUUUUGUUCCAGUGGCAUCGAGUGCUCCUCCGCGCACACCGAAGUUUGGAGCGGCCCGAAUUAACAAAAUGAGCCUCCAUGCAGCCACCGGAUAUGAACGCUCGCGAGAUCGGCGCAGGUCAAGCGAUCGCUCUCGUGACUCAUCGCACGAAAGGACAGAAGGGCAGCUCACCCCCUGCAUCAGGAAUGUUACUUCGCCAACUCGACAACAUCAUGGUGCUGAUGCAUCCGAAAGAAACCCACACGGUCGCAGGGAGAACAUGCAAACUGCACAUAGACAGCAUUCGAGGUCCGGAUUGAAAACGGGUCUCCGGUGCUGCAACACAGCGUCUCUACCAACGAUCCCACUGUGCUACCCUGAUGGGUGGAUAGACCGAGAAAAGGAUCACAUCUCAACUUCACGGCCCAGCAGCCCGCGUCUUCAAAAGAUUUCCCCAAAUGGCGCCAGCAGCAUUGGCAACCUCAGCCGGAAUUGUAGCCAAUCCACUGCUGAUGGAACGUGCAAGUCAGGUGGGGAGAUGGUUUUUGUCUACGAGAACCCGAAGGACGGAACUCGAAGCGUCCGCACGUCAGAACGAGUGACACUCAUUGUGGACAACACCAGAUUUGUAGUGGAUCCUUCCAUUUUCACUGCACAACCCAACACAAUGCUGGGCAGGAUGUUUGGAUCGGGAAGAGAGCACAAUUUCACACGUCCAAAUGAAAAGGGAGAGUACGAGGUGGCUGAAGGAAUCAGCUCCACGGUGUUUCGAGCUAUUUUGGAUUAUUACAAGACUGGUAUAAUCAGAUGUCCAGAUGGGAUCUCAAUUCCUGAAUUGAGGGAAGCCUGUGACUACCUCUGCAUCUCCUUUGACUACAGUACCAUCAAAUGCAGAGAUCUCAGUGCCCUCAUGCAUGAGCUCUCCAAUGACGGUGCACGCAAGCAGUUUGAAUCUUACCUGGAAGAAAUGAUUCUUCCGCUGAUGGUAGCCAGUGCUCAGAGCGGCGACCGGGAAUGUCACAUUGUCGUGUUGACGGAUGACGAUGUGGUCGACUGGGACGAGGAGUAUCCACCGCAGAUGGGAGAAGAAUAUUCACAAAUUAUUUACAGUACCAAGUUAUAUCGAUUCUUCAAAUAUAUUGAGAACAGAGAUGUGGCCAAGACUGUCCUGAAGGAGAGAGGAUUGAAGAAGAUCAGACUGGGAAUUGAAGGUUACCCCACGUACAAGGAAAAGGUGAAGAAAAGGCCAGGGGGACGUCCCGAGGUCAUCUACAACUAUGUGCAGCGGCCAUUCAUCAGGAUGUCCUGGGAGAAGGAGGAAGGGAAGAGCCGCCACGUGGACUUCCAGUGUGUGAAGAGCAAAUCCAUCACCAACCUGGUGGCGGCUGCGGCCGACUUCCCACAGGACCAGCUGGUGGUCAUGCACACCACGCCACAGGUGGACGAGCUCGACAUCCUCCCCAACAGCAACGAGCCCGACCUGGAACCCCCACCCCCGGCCGUCUGACGGCUCGCGUGAGUGGAGAGAGAGGGGGGAGGGCCGUGGGAAACCCUCGCGCAUGCUGCUGGUGAUUGACGUUGUCAUGAUGCAUUUAUCUGUGCAAGAGAAAAUAGUGUCAGCGUUGUACACUAAUCUGAACCAACCAUAGCUCCUCGUAUUAAGUCGCCACUUGUGUUUCACAAGCAACAAGGCCAACAGCCGAUUGCUUUUGGUUCUGGGAGGAAGAGUGAGAGAGGAAUGUCUUUCAUUCUUCCACAUUCUUAUUUUUUAAUGCACAAUGUUACUUAAAGGCGAUUGCAGCCUGGGUGAUAUGUACCGGGAAUGGCUUUGAUCUGCAAUUUUUUUGUUUCAAAAAGCCACCUGUACCGUGAAAUGCAUUAAGUUUGUGCAGAUUCAGCAUGGUUGACACAGCACAGGGUGAAACACGGGACAAGGGAGGUCUCCAAGUUCUGUGCACCAAAUUUGCCCAGGAGGUUUGAAUCGUUUGUACAUCCGGAUAAUUUAUCAGGAGUGGUGGGGCAUGGGGUAAAUAAUCUAUGGAUGUGCGGAGGAGGCAAGUGCUGUCCCGUGAAAUCGUUACGUUUAUUUUAAUUUUCUGAACUAUAUGUAAAUGUUGCAGGAGUGUUCUAAGUAUUUCUAACAGCUGAGGAAUGAUUAUAUAAAUAAACAUCACAAGCA